CCCAUUUUGGAAUUGAGAAAGGGGGAAGAGCAGAGAGUUUGGGAUGUUUUUCUGUCAAAUUGUCGACAUUCAUGGGUUAAUAAUUCGUCAUUUCUUCUCAUGCUCCUGAUGGCAACAGUGCGCGAAAUUUCCAGUUAUGCACACUCAAGGAGGGAUACCCUACUGAACUCACAGGGACUCAACUCUUGCAACUUUGCGCCCACUGAUUUUCUUAACUUUUCAUCUGAUUAUCUGUCAGUUAUAAAUUAUACUUCUACAACUUAUUUUCUGUAAUUCUUUCCUAAGUUUCAAAACGAUUAAAAUAAGGUGGAGGGAGAGGAACGAGUCGACUGCCCCUUGCAAAACUAACUUGUGUAACAUGUGAGGUUUGUCCUCCCACCGCGUCCUGCGUAUACUCACUGGAUUUCUCUCACUGACUGGCAAAGUGAGACCACUGGCAACAGAACGUUUUUCAUCUCGGAGACAAAAGUAUAUGACCAUGGGGAAAGUGGAUUUAAAAAUCUGUUGUAUUUUCUUUUUCAUCAUCAUCUCAGUCCAGGGGGGAUUUUCAGAGGAACAUGGAGCACCCCAGGGAGCAAAAUACAUACUUUUACAGGUGAGAAUGAUUUUAUCUUCCUAUGGGACUGGACUAAUAUAGGAACAUUUUGAAAAACAUGCUACUCAGUCAAGACAGCCUCGAAAAUCAUAAUUUAUCCAAGCUCGUCUUUUUCCUCCUCAUACUAUGCCACAUUCCUUUUUGCACUCAAUAUGUAAUUUUUGCACUCAAGUGAGUGGGAAACUUUAAAUGGUAGCCUACUGCACAUUACUUUGGUAUACAGUGCCUUCAGAAAGUAUUCAUACCCUUAACCUAUUCCACAUUUUGUUGUGUUACAGCCUAAAUUAUGAAAAAUGUAUGCACUCACUAACCGUAAGUCGCUCUGGAUAAGAGCGUCUGCUAAAUGACUAAAAUGUAAAAUGUAAAAUUCAAAAUAGAUUAAAUAUAGUUUUUUUUCUAACACAUCUACACACAAUACCCCACAAUGACAAAGUGAAAACAUGUUUUUAGAAUUUUUUGCAAAUGUAUUGAAAAUGAAAUACAGAAAUAUCUAAUUUACAUAAGUAUUCACACCCCUGAAUCAAUACAUGUUAGAAUCACCUUUGGCAGCGAUUACAACUGUGAGUCUUUCUGGGUAAGUCUCUAAGAGCUUUGCACACCUGGAAUGUACAAUAUUUGCACAUUAUUCUUUUUAAAAUUCUUCAAGCUCUAUCAAGUUGGUUGUUGAUCAUUGCUAGACAGCCAUUUUCAUGUCUUGCCAUAGAUUUUCAAGCUGAUUUAAGUCAAACUGUAACUAGACCACUCAGGAACAUUCAAUGUCAUUUUGGUAAGCAACUCCAGUGUAUAUUUGGCCUUGUGUUUUAGGUUAUUGUCCUGCUUAAAGGUGAAUUUGUCUCCCAGUGUCUGUUGGAAAGCAGACUGAAGCAUGUUUUCCUCUAGGAUUUUGCCUGUGCUUAGCUCUAUUCCGCUUCAGUGAUGUGUUGUGUUGGAUUUGCCCCCAAACAUAAUGAUUUGUAUUCAGGACAAGUUCAUUUCUUUGCCAAAUGUUUUGCAGUUUUACUUUAGUGCCUUGUUGAAAACAGGAUGCAUGUUUUGGAAUAUUUUAUUAUGUACAGGCUUCCUUCUUUUCACUCUGUCAUUUAGAUUAGUAUUAUGGAGGAACUACAAUGUUGUUGAUCCAUCCUCAGUUUUCUCCUAUCACAGCCAUUAUACUCUGUAACUGUUUUAAAGUCACCAUUGGCCUCAUGGUGAAACUCCUUCCUCUCCAGCAACUGAGUUAGGAAGGAUGUAUGUAUCUUUGUAGUGACAAUGUGUAAUAAAUAACUUCGCCAUACUGAAAGGAAUAUUCAAUGUCUGCUUUUUUUUACCCAUCUACCAAUAUGUGCCCUUCUUUGCGAGUCAUUGGAAAACCUCCCUGGUCUUUGUGGUUGAAUCUGUGUUUGAAAUUCACUGGGGUACAGAGAUGAGGUAGUCAUUCAAAAAUCAUGUUAAACACUUUUAUUGCAAACAGAGUGAGUCCAUGCAAUUUAUUACGUGACUUGUUAAGCAAAUUUUUACUCCUGAACUUAUUUCGGCUUGCCAUAACAAAGGGGUUGAAUACUUAUUAACUCAAGACAUUUGAGCUCUUUAAUUUAGAAAAACAUACACCAUAUAUACAAAAGUAUGUGGACAACCCUUCAAAUUAGUGAAUUUGGCUAUUUCAGCCACACCCGUUGCUGACAGGUGUAUACAAUUGAGCACACAGCUAUUCAAUCUCCAUAGACAAACAUUGGCAGUAGAAUGCCUUACUGAAGAGCUCAGUGACUUUCAUGGAGGCACCGUCAUAGGAUGCCACCUUUCCAACAAGUCAGUUUGUCAAAUUUCUGCCCUGCUAGAGCUGCCCCGGUCAACUGUAAGUGCUUUUAUUGUGAAGUGGAAACGUCUAGGCCACACAAGCUCACAGAAUGGGACUGCCGAGUGCUGAAGUGCGUAGCGCGUAAAAAUCGUCUCUCCUCGGUUGCAACGCUCACUACCGAGUUCCAACUGCCUCUGGAAGCAAUGUCAGCACAAAAAAUGUUUGUCAGGAGCUUCAUGAAAUGUGUUUCCAUGGCCAAGCAGCCACACACAAGCCUAAGACCACCAUGCGCAAUACCAAGCAUCGGCUGGAGUGGUGUAAAGCUCUCCCCCAUUGGACUCUGAAGCAGUGGAAACGUGUUCUCUGGAGUGAUGAAUUAUGCUUCACCAUCUGGCAGUCCGACGGACAAAUCGGGGUUUGGCGAAUGCCAGGAGAACGCUACCUGCCCCAAUGCAUAGUGCCAACUGUAAAGUUUGGUGGAGGAGGAAUAAUGGUCUUUGUGGCAACAGUUUUGGGAAGGCCCUUUCCUUUUUCAGCAUGACAAUGCCCCCGUGCACAAAGCAAGGUCCAUACAGAAAUUGAUUGUCGAGUUUGGUGUGGAAGAACUUGACUGGCCUGCACAGAGCCCUGACCUCAACCCCAUCGAACACCUUUGCGAUGAAUUGGAACUCCAACUGCGAGCCAGGCCUAAUCGCCCAACAUCAGUGCCCGACUUCACUAAUGUGCUUGUGGCUGAAUGGAAGCAAUUCCCCGCAGCAAUGCUCCAACAUCUGGUGGAAAGCCUUCCCAGUAGAGUGGAGGCUGUUAUAGCAGCAAAGGGGGGACCAACUCCAUACUAAUGCCCAUGAUUUUGGAAUGAGAUGUUCAACGAGCAGGUAAAUAAAAAAAAUGUGAUCAUGUAAAUUAAUUCCACUUUGACAUUAUGGGGUAUUGUGUGUAGGCCAGUGGCACAAAAUCUCAAUUAAAUCCAUUUUAAAUUCAGGCUGUAACACAGCACAAUCUGGAAAAAGUCAAGGGGUAUGAAUACUUUCUGAAGGCACUAUAUAUGGCAGAUGUGAAUACAAUUAUGAAUAGCCUACAUUUACAUCCAUUUAAAAUAAUGUUUCUAUUUCACCCAAAAAAUUAUAUUCAAAACGUCACUGAAGAAUGAACCCCGGCCUGCAAAUUAAAAUGUUUUCCUCUCUUUAAAGGUAUUUAUUUGUUUGUAUUGUAUAUCUUGGAUAUGUGGUAAAGUAUUGACACAGCAAUGAUUUGUAAUCAAAAUUAACAUUUGAAUCCGAACCUGUGCAGUGUGCACCUCACUGCCCCUCUGUGUACAGUGAAAGCAUUUAUUUAAAGUUCCCCCUUCAUUCAUGAAUAGCUUUGAUUCAUCCUAUUUUGACACAGAAAUAUUGACCCAACACCACACAUAGAUUCUGGAGAUUAAUUUAAAAGGAGGGGAUUUUGUAAGAUAACUACAGUACUUGGUAGAAUUGUGUCACUUUUCCAAGUCAAGUUCUCCUCUUUAAUACAACUUAUUAUAGUAGAUAAGGACCUACAUGUACUAACUUACAUUUUAAAUAAUCUUCUUUCCCAUACAGAGAUAAAAAAUGUUAUACAUUAUGGAAUAAUGAUGGCUUUAGGGCAAAUCUGUGUUCUUAAAUCACUACUAAGCAAGCUUUUAUGAGUCUAUUAAGAUUUUAAAGCUUUGCACAAUGUUCAGAAGGCAUCAGCUUGUUUUGAUUACAUUUUUCCAAACUACAGGACUCCAGCAAUCUGUUACUGUCAGGGCUCUGGUGUGUAUAAAUGUUCGGUACUGCUGCGCUCAAUCCCAUAGUUAGGAUUCAUUACACUUUUAUUAACUUUCUCUGUGUUAUAUUCUCUCCAGAGAGUGAGACGCCAGAGCAAACCAGCUAAAUCUGUGGUGAGUAUGAGCUACAUGGAGCAGCCUGUUGGUCAUGACCCAGUCCCAGUGGAAUGUGUCAUAACCAAAACAGAACAUUCAAAUCAGGGAUACCUGGCUAGCGUCAUAAGUGGAGGCUUAGGGCCCCGCGUGACUAACAAAAUCAAUGUGGCCUCCUGGAGGUCAGGGCCCCUGGGCACGUGCCCUGCCUGCCAGGUCGGUAAUUCGGCCAUGAUUACUAUACGUUUACUGUAGCUGGCUAGACUAACUAGACUAAUUGACCAAUCUUUAUUUUUUUUACUAACAUCAGGUAAUUGAGUGACUGUCAGUGAGUGACAUAACAAGAGGAAAACUGCUGAUGCACAACCAAGGUUUGAAAUUGCACCUUGUGUAUUCUACUAUUCAAAUUCUCAUCAGUAAGUUGAGUAUCAACUUGAGACCCCGACUGAGUACCCCCCCCCCAAAAAAAAGUAGCUAUGUCCCUGCUGACAGUCACUCAAUUAGCCAGUGGUGUAAAGUACUUACGUAAAAAAUACUUUAAAGUACUACUUAAGUCAAUUUUUGGGGUAUCUGUACUUUACUUUACUAUUUCUAUUUUUGCCAACUUUUACUUUUACUUCACUACAUUCAUAAAGAAAAUAAUGUACUUUUUAAUCCAUACAUUUUCCUUGACACCCAAAAGUACUCGUUACAUUUUGACAGGAAAAUGGUCCAAUUCACGCACUUAUCAAGAGAACAUCCCUGGUCAUCCCUACUGCCUCUGAUCAGGCGGACUCACUUAACACAAGUGCUUCAUUUGUAAAUUAUGUCUGAGUGUUGGAGUGUGCCCCUGGCUAUCUGUAAAUACCAAAAAAAUAUUUUUUUUUAUUGUUCCAUCUGGUUUGCGUAAUAUAAGGAAUUUGAAAUGAUUUAUACUUUUACUUUGACUUUUGAUACUUAAGUAUAUUUGAGCAAUUCCAUUUACUUUUGAUACUUAAGUACAUUUAAAACCAAAUACUUUUAGACUUUUACCCGCAAGCCCUCCGAAGAGGCAAUACAGGACUAAGAUUGAAUCGUAUUACACCAGCUCCGACGCUCUUCGAAUGUGGCAGGGCUUGCAAACUAUUACAGACUACAAAGGGAAGCACAGCCGCAAGCUGCCCAGUGACACGAGCCUACCAGACGAGCUAAAUCACUUCUAUGCUCGCUUCGAGGCAAGCAACACUGAAGCAUGCAUGAGAGCAUCAGCUGUUCCAGAUGACUAUGUGAUCACGCUCUCCGUAGCCGAUGUGAGUAAGACUUUUAAGCAGGUCAACGUUCACAAGGCCGCAGGGCCAGACGGAUGACCAGGACGUGUACUCCGAGCAUGCGCUGACCAACUGGCAAGUGUCUUCACUGACAUUUUCAACAUGUCCCUGACUGAGUCUGUAAUACCAACAUGUUUCAAGCAGACCACCAUAGGCCCUGUGCCCAAGAACACUAAGAUAACCUGCCUAAAUGACUACCGACCCGUAGCACUCAAGUCUGUAGCCAUGAAGUGCUUUGAAAGGCUGGUCAUGGCUCACAUCAACACCAUUAUCCCAGAAACCCUAGACCUACUACAAUUUGCAUACCGCCCCAACAGAUCCACAGAUGAUGCAAUCUCUAUUGCACUCCACACUGCCCUUUCCCACCUGGACAAGAGGAACUCCUACGUGAGAAUGUUAUUCAUUGACUACAGCUCAGCGUUCAACCCCAUAGUGCUCUCAAAGCUCAUCACUAAGCUAAGGACCCUGGGACUAAACACCUCCCUCUGCAACUGGAUCCUGGACUUCCUGACGGGCCGGCCCCAGGUGGUAAGGGUAGGUAACAACACAUCUGCCACGACUCCAACACCAUCAUUAAGUUUGCCGACGACACAACAGUGGUAGGCCUGAUCACCGACAACGAUGAGAUAGCCUAUAGGGAGGAGGUCAGAGACCUGGCCGUGUGGUGCCAGGAUAACAACCUCACCCUCAACGCGAUCAAGACAAAGGAGAUGAUUGUGGACUACAGGAAAAAAAAGAGGACUGAGCACGCCCCCAUUCUCAUCGACGGGGCGGUAGUGGAACAGGUUGAGAGCUUCAAGUUCCUUGGUGUCCACAUCACCAACAAACUAUCAUGGUCCAAACACACCAAGACAGUCGUGAAGAGGGCACGACAAAGCCUAUUCCCCCUUCAGGAGACUGAAAAGAUUUGGCAUGGGUCCUCAGAUCCUCAAAAAGUUAUACAGCUGCACCAUCGAGGGCAUCCUGACUGGUUGCUUCAUCGCCUGGUGUGGCAACUGCUCAGCCUGCGACCGCAAGUCACUACAGAGGGUAGUGCGUACGGCCCAGUACAUCACUGGGGCCAAGCUUCCUGCCAUCCAGGACCUCUAUACCAGGCGGUGUCAGAGGAAGGCCCUAAAAAUUGUCAAAGUCUCCAGCCACCCUAGUCAUAGACUGUUCUCUCUGCUACCACAUGGCAAGCGGUACCGGAGCGCCAAGUCUAGGUCCAAAAGGCUUCUUAACCUCUAUGGGAUCGGUGUCCCGUAUACGGGAAGGUUGAGCUAACGUGCGCUAAUGUGAUUAGCAUGACUGUUAUAAGUAACAGCAAACUUUCCAGGACAUAGACAUGUCUUAUAUGGGCAGCAAGCUUAAAUUCUUGUUAAUCUAACUGCACUGUCCAAUUUACAGUAGCUAUUACAGUGAAGAAAUACCAUGAUAUUGUUUGAGAAGAGUGCACAACAACAAAAAACUUUAUCACGGAAACUGGUUCGAUACAUUCACCUCUGAAGGUAAAUAAUGUACUUACAUUCAGUAAUCUUGCUCUGAUUUGUCAUCCUAAGGGUCCCAGAGAUAAAAUGUAGCAUAGUUCUGUUUGAUAAAAUCAAUUUCUAUAUUCAAAUGUAGGAACUGGGUUCUACAGUUUGAACCCCUGCUGUCUCUGGCUCCACACCCACCCCUCCUGGCCAUCUAGAUGUGUGAAAGUUAGUGUAUAAGCUAAUGAUCCAUCAUGUAUGACAUUCCUGGGAGUGUGUAAACUUACAUUUUGUAUUACCAUAUCAUUUUUGUAUGUUCUCUAUAGGUAUGUACUUAAAAUGUAUCAAUUGACCAAUUCAGCACAUUUGGGCAGACUUGAUACAAAAUUGUCCAGUAUUGCAAUGCUUCACUGGAUCAAUCUGAAACGUUGCACACACACUGCAACAUUUUCUCUCCAACCCAUAGCAAAAUGUUUAGAACUGCAUUAAAUAAGCUUUAAAACAGAGUUUUUUUCUCUCAACCACAUGGCAAAAUGAGGAGAAUCGCUUGGAAUGUUGCUUUAAAACUGCAAAAUGUUCUCUCUUCCCCAUGGAAACAUUUGCAGAAUUGCGGAAAUGUUGCUUUAAAACUGCCACAUUUUCUCAAUGCCCUAUGCAAAAUUAUGUAGAAUUGCAGGACAUUAACUUUAAAACUGCAAAAUGUUCUCUCCGCCGCCAAGAGGGGGGCCACUAAAAUGUUUUGCCCCCAACCAAAUCUUGCUUAGGGCCCCCAAAACGCUAGAGCCGGCCCUGUAGAUAUCUUACUUGUACAGCUCUUGCACACUUGAUAAUUAUGCAACAACUUUCUCUGUAGAUGGGCUAUGAUAAUGUUGGAUAGCAUUCACUGAACAUUUAUCCGCUUCUAAAUCACUAUUCCGUGUGACAUUAUCCACCGUGUGUGCUAGAGAUUAUUCUUGCCAAUCGCAUGCCCAUAAGGAAGGAGCCUGUAGAAUAAUGCCUAUAUUUUUUUACUGCCAUUAAAAGGAACAGUUCACAUUAAGCCCUUUCAUCUAAGCCCUCCCACUGGGCACAGAUGGCAGUUCAGCGUCUAUUUCACGUUGGUUCAACGUAAUUACGUGGAAACAACUUCUCUUUUUGAAAAUUGCCUAUGUGGUACCGGUAUGAGUCAGAAACAUUUAUUCUACUGUCAAAAUUGACUACAAAGUGUAAAUAGGAUAAUUUUGGUCAUAAAGUCAGUUUCGUCCAAAACUGAGAUUUGCGAGAUGAUAGGGAAACAUUUUAUGUCACGGAAUGAAUGGUACCAUAACAAUUUUCCGUGGGUUGUUUAAAAAAAAAUCAUUUCCACCUGCCCACAGCUGGCAGCACCCAAUCAAUAUCCCUAUGGGGCUAGUGAGGGACCAUCAGUAAAUUAGACACUGUACAUGGGACAAUAUUUUAAAAGGUUAAUAGCUCCAAAUAACAAUGACUUAAAAACCUCAAACCAACUAUAAAUUGUAGAAAUUCAUAUACAAAUAUUGAAAGCAUUUAAUGAGACAACUGAAAGAUGUGCAACAUGAAAAUAUUGUCCCAUUUACAUUGUGUAGUUUAUUGACGGUCCCUAACUAGCCCUGGAGAGAGGCUAUCCAAAGUCAAAACAACUUUGCCACGGUCACACACCAGCCGGCUGAAGCUAAUUGGCUAAAUAAUUUGGCUUACUCUUCCCACCUGCGAACACAAACAAUAGACACCCACAUCAAACCAAACCCCGAAACCAACUCACAUUUGAAUUCAGUUUCUUAAUUAACCAAAUCUAAAACAAGGCCAAAUCAGGAAGUGCAGCCGCCCUUUAAUGACAUCAUUGAGGAAAUCUAGAUAGAAACAUGAUUAUUAAAGACGCUAGUAUUAGGUUAGGAAGAAAUCAUGCUGCGAGUGUAGAUCUACUUAUCACUCUUAUUGCUAUCUGUAUUUAUAACCUGUGUGCCACACAGAGUGAAAAACCCUACAGCACUGUAUCUCAAUGGAGGCAACACUUUAUUUGACGCUUUGAAUGUUGCCAGUGAUAGAAUGUAUAUCAUCCAUUAUCACUCUAAAGCGAUAGGUCUCUGAUGUGUCAGAAAGCUUGUCCACUGUCUUUGAUACCAGUGAGUAACGAGAAACAGGUCUGUCUGUCUGUCUCUCAGUACCUCAGGUCUGUCUGUCUGUCUGUGUCCUCGACUGGCAGUAAUGUGGCCCAGCUGACCAGAUUGGUCUCAGCAGGGCCCAGAAUUAGCCAAGUAAACAAGGGAUUGGGAGGGAUAUCUUGCAGAGUGUGGCUUUGUAUCAUUUGUCUAAAUUUGUCAAGCCACUGAAGCCAGGGUAAAAAGCCCAGUAAUACUUGGAUUUGCAAUUCCAAAAGAGCCCGACCAGGACUCAAACCUGGGUCUUCUCAACUGUCAUUCAAACAGCCAUUACACCAAGAAGUCCAAAGCUCUUCAUGAGUUCGCUAUUGGUUUUGUUGUAGGUUAGCUAUAUACAAAUUUCAUCAGAUUAAAUGUAUAUGUUACUUGUAGUACUUGUGUUUUUCACAGCUGAAGGUGACAGACUACCAUGUGAGGUGUUCUGUCGUGUCUCGCUAUGCCCACACCACAAUCCAGAGCUCUGUGUGGAACCAGCUACCUGUCACCAAGGAGGCAGCUUUCGAGGUGGACCUGCCCUCUGCUGCAUUCAUCUCCAACUUCACCAUGUGAGUCAGAAUCACACGCUUCAAGUUUACUUUAUCAUCCUCUCUCUCUCUCUCUCUCUCUCUCUCUCUCUAUAUAUAUAUAUAUAUAUAUAUAUCUCUCUCUCUCUCUCUCUCUCUCUCUCUCUCUCUCUCUCUCUCUCUCUCUCUCUCUCUCUCUCUCUCUCUCUCUCUCUCUCUCUCUCUCUCUCUCUCUAGGCCUGUAAUCAAAUUAACUGUUAUAUCCCUUGGAAUUAUAUCCUUCUUGCCUGGAUCCCAGUCUGUUUCUGCUCCCUUGCCAACUCCUUAUGCUUGACAAUGAGUGACAAGGAGUUGGCAUUAUAGCACAAACAGACUGGCACUCAGGCUAAUAUCCUUCAGGAUCAAAAGGACAUUUAUUUUCAGCCAUAAAGGGGAUCAUUCACAUGCUGGAGACAGUAGGACUCACCUCAGAGAUUCUAACAUUAAAUUAGUACAAAAAAAAUUUAAUAGAGGGAAAUAUUGUUAAUAGCAGGGUAAAUGAAGGUAUUAAAUAAACAAAACUAAUCCUGAAUACCAGUCAGGUCAGUGGUUCCGGACAAACUCCCCCAAAUAAAAACUUCAGAGGAAAUAUGUCCGGUGUGGAGAGGAGACACAUCAUUUGAUUACUAAGAGGGCUGAAAACCACUCUCCCAUUCUCCUUUUAAAAAAAUAUAUGAAAUAUAAACAAGAUAAAAAAGUCAACAUUACAGACCCAACGAGGAACCGUAGCCUGUAGUUGGGUUUGGGAGCAGAAGCGGGUCAGAAGGGGGAGGGGUCGGAGGGACCUUAAAAGCAGAUGAAUACCCGGCUUUAUAAAUGUAAGUCGGAAAGUUAAUAGAGAAAAUGACAGGAGGUUGCACCGUUUUCUUCCCCCUCUCUCUCCUGCGAAGUUUACCAAGGCACUGAGCCAAGGUACACGUGCACAAAACCCAUACACAACUACAUACUGACACACAGCCUACACAUGCCAUGCACAGACUUAUUUACAUGUAGUAAAAUGGGGGGCGUAAACUCUUGAAAAUAGAUCGUUUUACAUGCAUAUAAUCUCAUCAUCUCUUUUUCUGUCACUCACUCACUCACACACACACACACACACACACGACACACACUCGACACAGGGCCGCCUGCUCUUCACCAACUAACUCAGUAGGAAAAUAACUGUGCGACUGUAUUUCUUUAGUUCAGUGGCGUUUCUCAACGUGGGACUGAGGGCCUUGUGUUCUGUGUGUAGGUCACUCAAUUGCAGCCGUUCCCAGUUCCCACUCCCUCUCAGCCACACAUACAUCCAUACCGCUAUAUUUUCCACCCUGGUAAACACACCAUUCCAUUCUGCUCUGUGUCUGAAACAAGACUUGCUUCAAGACUUGCGGUUGGUCCCUGUUGGUUUUUAUUUUAAUAUAUUUGUUCAAAGGACUUGACCUUAUUUUAGCACAGGAACUGUAUGGUUGGGAUUAAGGUCUAUGUGUGAGCUCUGGUUCAGUUUGAUUGGGAAAUGGUUGGGAAAUGGUUGGGUGUAGAUUCUCCAGGGCCAUGGAUGGGGUAUCCGAGUGUUACUCGAUCUCGUUCCAGUAAUCAAGUGUGGGUCCCAAAUGCCACCCUUCGGAAAGUAUUCAGACCCCUUGACUUUUUCCAAAUUUUGUUACGUUACAGCCUUAUUCUACACACAAUACCCCAUAAUGACAAUGUGAAAACAGGUUUUUAUAAAUGUUUACAAAUGUAUUACAAAUAGAAAACAUAAAUACCUUAUUUACAUAAGUAUUCAGACCCUUUGCACACGAAUGCUGUGAAGUACAGUAUAUUAUUGCUUUGUAACGCAUGACUGAUAAUAGUUACCAUAAAGGAAAGCACAGUUAUGGUAAAGGAAAGUCUAUUUACUGUCAAUAAACCUUUUUAUCUACCUUUUACCCGUUUUCCAUCUAUGAGACCAAAGCAUGUUUGUUAACAUAGUCUGACCAUUGUGAGUUACCCAGUUAUUUCUGUCCUCUUAUCUUACAGCACCUCCAAUGGCAAAGUGUACAUCGCCCAGGUGAAGGAACGGAGCGCCGCCAGGAAGAUAUAUGACGCAGCCAAGAAACAAGGAAAAACAGCUGGACUUGUUGCCACCAAGUCAGUCUGAAAAAGUAUUUGGUACCACAUUCACUCUUUGAUAUGUGUUUUAUUCAGAUGUAUUUACUUUGUGUGUGAAAGCGUAACAAACUACUUCCAUUUUUCUCUAGAUUUUCUGCAGUACAAAUCAGACAUCCAUCACCUACCCACCACAUACACUCACAUCUUUCUACAUCACUUUAGUCUAGAUCCUACUCCAUCCCCUCAAGGCUCUCGCAGACAUUCUUUCAGUUUCACCAAAGACCACAGACGGCAUCACUCCAAUAUUGUCUCUCUCUGUUGACCACAGACGCCAUCACUCCAAUACUGUCUGUCUCUGUUGACCACGGACGCCGUCACUUCAAUACUGUCUGUCUCUGUUGACCACGGACGCCAUCACUCCAAUACUGUCUCUCUCUGUUGACCACGGACGCCAUCACUCCAAUACUGUCUCUCUCUGUUGACCACGGACGCCAUCACUCCAAUACUGUCUCUCUCUGUUGACCACGGACGCCAUCACUCCAAUACUGUCUCUCUCUGUUGACCACGGACGCCAUCACUCCAAUACUGUCUCUCUCUGUUGACCACAGACGCCAUCACUCCAAUACUGUCUCUCUCUGUUGACCACGGACGCCAUCACUCCAAUACUGUCUCUCUCUGUUGACCACGGACGCCAUCACUCCAAUACUGUCUCUCUCUGUUGACCACGGACGCCAUCACUCCAAUACUGUCUCUCUCUGUUGACCACGGACGCCAUCACUCCAAUACUGUCUCUCUCUGUUGACCACAGACGCCAUCACUCCAAUACUGUCUCUCUCUGUUGACCACAGACGCCAUCACUCCAAUACUGUCUCUCUCUGUUGACCACGGACGCCAUCACUCCAAUACUGUCUCUCUCUGUUGACCACGGACGCCAUCACUCCAAUACUGUCUCUCUCUGUUGACCACGGACGCCAUCACUCCAAUACUGUCUCUCUCUGUUGACCACGGACGCCAUCACUCCAAUACUGUCUCUCUCUGUUGACCACGGACGCCAUCACUCCAAUACUGUCUCUCUCUGUUGACCACAGACGCCAUCACUCCAAUACUGUCUCUCUCUGUUGUUUCUCCUCUGCUGUGGUUUUUCUAUCUCAGGGAGAGGGAGAUCGAGAAGUUCCGCGUGGCGGUGAGUGUUCCCUCGGGGACCCGGAUGUCCUUCUCGCUGUCCUACGAGGAGCUGCUGCCCCGCAGGUUGGGUCGCUAUGAACUGACCCUGGGUCUGAGGCCUGGAGGACUGGUCACUAACCUCACCCUGGACGUCAGUAUAGCGGAGAGGACAGGACUCAGUUUCAUCAAGGUCCUCCCGCUGAAGACCAGCCGACUGCUCUCCAACACUGUCACAGGUAACAUAGGAAAAGACAGCCAUCAAUGUUAACUGUCAAAGUAGUAGUACUAGUUGUGAUACAAUCAGCAUGUUUAGGGGAUCAGUUUGAGCAAGGCAAAGCGCAGAAUCACUAAUGGCAGGUAGCCUAGCGGUUAGAGCAUUGGGACGAUAACCGAAAGGCUGCUGGUUCGAAUACCUGAGCCGACAAGGUGAAAAAUCUUGAGCAAGGCACUUAACUCUAAAUUGCUCCAAGGGUGCUGUACUACUAUGGCUGACCCUGUAAAACAACACAUUUCACUGCACCUUUCUGGGUUAUGUGACAAUUAAACUUACAAAAAGAAUCAUUCUGGAUCACAAUAAUGAGUAGUUAUUGUUUUAUUUUAUUUAACCUUUAUUUAACCAGGUAAGCCAGUUGAGAACAAGUUCUCAUUUACAACUGCGACCUGGCCAAGAUAAAGCAAAGCAGUGCGAUAAAAACAACAACACAGAGUUACAUAUGGGGUAAAAAAACAUAAAGUCAAAAAAUACAACAGAAAAUAUAUAUACAGUGUGUGCAAAUGUAGCAAGUUAUGGAGGUAAGGCAAUAAAUAGGCUAUAGUGCAAAAUAAUUACAAUUAGUAUUAACACUGGAAUGCUAGAUGUGCAAGAGAUGAUGUGCAAAUAGAGAUACUGGGGUGCAAAAGAGCAAAAUAAAUAACAAUAUAGGGAUGAGGUAGUUGGGUGGGCUAAUUUCAGAUGGGCUGUGUACAGGUGCAGUGAUCGGUAAGGUGCUCUGACAACUGAUGCUUAAAGUUAGUGAGGGAGAUAAGAGUCUCCAGCUUCAGAGAUUUUUGCAAUUCGUUUGAGUCAUUGGCAGCAGAGAACUGGAAGGAAUGGCGGCCAAAGGAGGUGUUGGCUUUGGGGAUGACCAGUGAGAUAUACCUGCUGGAGCGCAGAUUACGGGUGGGUACUGCUAUGGUGACCAAUGAGCUAAGAUAAGGUGGGGAUUUGCCUAACAGUGAUUUAUAGUUGGCCUGGAGCCAGUGGGUUUGACGACGAACAUGUAGUGAGGACCAGCCAACAAGAGCGUACAGGUCACAGUGGUGGGUAGUGUAUGGGGCUUUGGAGACAAAACGGAUGGCACUGUGAUAGACUACAUCCAAUUUGCUGAGUAGAGUGUUGGAGGCUAUUUUGUAAAUGACAUCGCCGAAGUCAAGGAUCGGUAGGAUAGUCAGUUUUACGAGGGCAUGUUUGGCAGCAUGAGUGAAGGAGGCUUUGUUGCGAAAUAGGAAGCCGAUUCUAGAUUUAACUUUGGAUUGGAGAUUCUUAAUGUGAGUCUGGAAGGAGAGUUUACAGUCUAACCAGACACCUAGGUAUUUGUAGUUGUCCACAUACUCUAGGUCAGACCCGUCGAGAGUAGUGAUUCUAGUCGGGUGGGCGGGUGCCAGCAGCGUUCGAUUGAAGAGCAUGCAUUUAGUUUUACUAGUGUUUAAGAGCAGUUGGAGGCUACUGGAGGAGUGUUGUAUGGCAUUGAAGCUCGUUUGGAGGUUUGUUAACACAGUCUCCAAUGAAGGGCCAGAUGUAUACAAAAUGGUGUCGUCUGCGUAGAGGUGGAUCUGAGAGUCACCAGCAGCAAGAGCGACAUCAUUGAUAUACACGGAGAAAAGAGUCGGCCCAAGAAUUGAACCCUGUGGCACCCCCAUAGAGACUGCCAUGGGUCCAGACAACAGGCCCUCCGAUUUGACACAUUGAACUCUAUCUGAGAAGUAGUUGGUGAACUAGGUGAGGCAGUCAUUUGAGAAACCAAGGCUAUUUAGUCUGCCAAUAAGAAUGCGGUGGUUGACAGAGUCGAAAGCCUUGGCCAGGUCGAUGAAGACGGCUGCACAGUACUGUCUAUUAUCGAUCGCGGUUAUAAUAUCGUUUAGGACCUUGAGCGUGGCUGAAGUGCACCCAUGACCUGCUCGGAAACCGGAUUGCAUAGCGGAGAAGUUACGGUGGGAUUCGAAAUGGUCGGUGAUCUGUUUGUUAUCUUGGCUUUCAAAUACUUUCGAAAGGCAGGGCAGGAUGGAUAUAGGUCUGUAACAGUUUGGAUCUAGAGUGUCACCCCCUUUGAAGAGGGGGAUGACCGCGGCAGCUUUCCAAUCUCUGGGGAUCUCAGACGUUACGAAAGAGAGGUUGAACAGGCUAGUAAUAGGGGUUGCGACAAUUUAACUGUCUGUGAACUGACUGGGUGUUCUCUGGCCUCCCUCCUCUUCCAUCCAGGUGAGUCGGAGGCUCCAGCCUCCACCCAGGUCCAGCAGAACCCUCGAUGUGCCCGUGUGCACUACAGCCCCAGCCUGCAGCAGCAGAGCAGUGCCUCUUCUAAGGGACUCAACGCUGACUACAUCAUCCAGUACGAUGUAGAACUCAGUGACCUCAUGGGGGACAUACAGGUCAACACACAAGCACUACACACUGUCUAGGACUAAACUCCUACACAACAAAUACUGUACAAACGACAGUAUCUAGUGAGACAAUAAUCUAUUCAAGUGAGUUAUUAUUCUCUUCUGUUGGCCUCUCUCAGGUGUUUGAUGGAUACUUUGUCCACUACUUUGCACCUCGGGGGCUUCCUGUGGUCCCCAAGGAUGUCAUCUUUGUCAUUGAUGUCAGUGGCUCCAUGAUUGGCACCAAGAUCAAACAGGUACAGUAUAAGUAUUACAGAUGUAGGAUCUUAAUUUGACCUAUAUUGUCACAGCAAAAUAAUGCAGCAACAGGAUUGGAACGUUUAGUCCAUAAUGUUGCUUGAUCAGUGGUUAGGCUGUCAGCUGGCCAAAAGUAGGCUACAUGAAAAGUGCAACACUGUUAAUAUAACCGUGUGUUAGUGUGGAUUUUCUGUGAAUGUAUGUAAAUCACGAAGCUCAUCUGCAUUUCCUGCUGUGCAGGAAAAUUCUCAGUAACAAAAGAGUGAUCAAAUUAAGAUCCUACAUCUGUACCUCUCUCAUAUUGCAUCCAGCUACACCUAAUUUAUUUAGACAAGAAUGACAACAUUGACUCUACAUUAUAUAGGUCAAUAAAUGAUCCUUUCUCUUCUCUCUGCAUUUGUGUGGACCAGACAAAGCAGGCGAUGUCCACUAUCCUGGGAGACCUGCGUGAGGGGGACCACUUCAACAUCAUCACUUUCUCAGACAAGGUCCACACCUGGAAGAAGGGUCGCACAGUGAGGGCCACGCGGAGUAACAUACGAGACGCUAAGGACUUUGUCAAGAGGAUCAUCGCUGAAGGAUGUGAGUGGAAUUGAGUCUGAUGUACUUGACAUAUAUCUGCAGCAACCUGACAAGACCAUGAAAACACUGUCGGUAUUUCUCUCUUCUUCAUUUCAUUCCAUCUUCUGCCUACUCUUCUGCCUCCUCUUCUGCCUCCUCUUCUGCCUCCUCUUCUGCUUCCUCUUCUGCAUCCUCUUCUGCAUCCUCUUCUGCCUCCUCUUCUGCAUCCUCUUCUGCCUCCUCUUCCGCCUCCUCUUCUGCCUCCUCUAUUCCUUCCACCUCCACCCCUCCCUCUCUGCUCACCCCUCCUUCCCAUCUGUCCCUGUCUCCUCCAGGGACCAACAUCAAUGCGGCCCUCCUCUCAGCCGCCCAGCUGGUCAACCCUCCCUCCUCCUCCUCCUCCUCCGGUGGCGCCCGCCGGGUCCCUCUGGUCAUCUUCCUGACGGACGGCGAGGCUACCAUCGGCGUGACAUCCAGUGACUUCAUCCUGAGCAACGCUAAGAGCGCCCUGGGCGCCGCCUCUCUGUUCAGCCUGGCCUUCGGGGAUGACGCUGACUUCCCUUUGCUACGGCGCCUGGCACUGGACAACCGCGGCGUGGCGAGGAUGGUGUACGAGGAUGCGGACGCCGCACUCCAGCUGAAGGGAUUCUACGAUGAGGUGGCCAGCCCACUACUGUCAGACAUCCAGCUGACCUAUAUGGACGACCAGGCCUUUGACGUCACACGCUCCCUCUUCCCUAACUACUUCCAGGGCUCCGAGCUGGUGGUCACUGGGAAGGUCAAGCCAGGGGUCAUGGACCUGAAGGUUUGUAUCGUUUAUAUCAUGUUGCUUGAUCUAUGUUUGUCUACUGUUUAUACCAUAAGAUGAAAGGAAAUGUACACUUUAAUUAUUAAUAUUGUAAUGGCCAAUACAGAUUUAUCUUAUCUUCUCUAUUCUUUCAUUUUCUUCUCAGGUGUUUCUGACGGCCAGUGGCUCCAAGCAGAAGGUGAAGCUGGAGAAUGACGUGUUGGUGUCUAAAGGAGAGGGGAAUGGGACAGUGUUCUCUAUGGGCUGCCCUGGGGGCAUGGACGGGAUCUCCAGCUUUGUACGGCGUCUCUGGGCUUACUUCACUAUCAAAGAGCUGCUGCUGGCCAAACUGAACAGCACUGACCCGGCCAUACAGAAACUGUUGGGAGAGAAGGCCACCAACCUCUCCCUCAAGUACAACUUUGUCACGCCUGUUACAUCCCUCGUUGUAGUCAAGCCUGAUGCCGAUGAAAUUCCUACCUCAGCGUCAACUACGACAGUUCGACCCACCACCACCACCACAGCUACUACAACAACCACAGUAGCCCACACUCCUGCCACCAAAAUAGUCUCCCCCAUCCCUGUGAAAAAGCCCAGGACAAUCAAAGCUAAACCAGACCCUCUUGUCACAAAGCCUCCACCUCUCCAACCACCUCAACCAAGAAAGGGCUCCACCCCACCAACAAAACCCAACCCAGCGAAAACAGUGGCUCCACCAUCCCCCAAGAAAACCACUAUGACUACCACUCCCAGCCCCAGUGCUGUCAAAACUGUCCCUGUCCCUCUCUCAGGGAAAACCCCUACCCCUCCUCCCAGCUCUCCUAAAACUGCUCCUGCCCCUCCUGCCAGAAUAGUCAAUAACCACCUGCCCAACUUGCUCAAAACAGCUGCCGCUCCUGCACCCGGGAAAACCACCACCACCACCACAACCCCUCCACCCACCACAGUGAAGGCCGUCCCUACAACCACCACCACUACCACCCAACCCAACACAGUAAAGACUACAGUCCCUACAACUGUGAAAACCACCACCUCCACUACCACCACCACCUCCACUACCACCACCACCUCAGUCAGAGCCGACCCAACCCCUGCUCCACAGCCUGGGAAACCCACUACGCUGCUGCCCAUCUCUGUUAGAACAGUCCUCCCUCCAGUUAGAAUAUCCCUCUCCUCCUCUUCCUCAGAUAACGCCACCACGUCUGCCGCUGAUGCCCACCAACCUCAGGUCACCACACUCCUGUACAGUCUUCAGUCUGUCUCCCCUACUCCAGCUCCACAGGGCAAUAACACAGACACUGACACAGACACCAACACAGACACAGACACAGAUGUGGACCAGAUUGCCACCUUUGUCUCUGCCACAUUUGCCCCCAUGCCAGGUGUCACAGAUGGACCGAAACUGUGGGAGGCUGCAGGACUCUUGGGUAGGUCUUCCAAUAAUCUCGGAAACUCAGAACUAAAAUAUUGCGUAAUCGUGCCAGAUCUUAGAAAAUAUAGUAGAACGGUAGUUCCUCCCCCCUCUCUCUCAAAGUUCCGUGCAAGAAUAUGGGCCAAAUGUCCCCCCUCCCACUUCCGAAAUUCGAAAGAUGCGAGCACCUGCAAAAUCGUGAUUUGUCCAAAAACAGCUCACUGGAACAAUGUUUUUUGUUAGUCGUCACAUCCCACAGUCUGUUGACAGUUGCUACGAUAUCAGUUAUGUUACGUGCAUCUGUCCACAAGAGAUAAGUCCACUCUCUAAUGUCUAUUUCACUUGGAACUCCAAAUAGCAGUAUGCAAAGUAUAGGCGAAUAGUCAUAGUCUAAGGAUACAUUUUUACUGAAUACCAGUAUUGCAUAUCAUAUCAAUUGCUUUACAUCAAGUAUUGAAUUUACAGUCCAUAUCUUGUACCUGUCUAUCAGAGAAAUAGUACAAUAGCUAGAAGAUAGAUAGAGGACUCCUGAUAUCUCCAGGAGUGAUGAGUAUAUAUAUUUUUGUCUUUAUCUGUUGUGGUCUAGUACUGUCUUUUUGCUAGCUAGGGCCAUCUACUCUCUACACCUACUCUCUCACUUGAAUAUCUUACCUUGUUAUUUACAGAUUAUCUAAUUUUGCUCUUUUGUAGCUUUGUCAACUAUGUUUGUGUUUUCUAUACCAGUUUGUACCUCUCCCUGUAGGCUUUACAGACGUUCCCCACCCUUGGCUGAAACCCUUCUAAUUUAGUGUACCCUGCGCACACAACUGGGGGGCAGGUAGCUUAGUGCGUAAGAGCGUUGUGCCAGUAACCGAAAGGUCGCUGGUUCUAAUCCCCGAGCUGACUAGGUGAAAAAUCUGUCGAUGUGCCCUUAAGCAAGGCACUUAACCCUAAUUGCUCCUGUAAGUCGCUCUGGAUAAGAGCGUCUGCUAAAUGACUAAAAUGUAAAUGUAAAAUGAAUAACGGGUCUCUGGCAGUGUUUGGAAUUGCCGAUCUGCGGUCAAGAACGCUGAGUUCAUCUCAGCCUAUGCUGCCCUUCAGUCUCUUGACUAUUUGGCCCUUACGGAGACAUGGAUCACCCCAGAGAACACUGCUACUCCAGCUGCUCUUUCUUUACGUGAUUAUGUUUUCUCUCAUAGUCCGAGAGCAUCUGGUCGUCGCGGUGGUGGCACAGGUCUACUCAUUUCUCUUAAGUGGAGAUUUUCUAUUUUCUCCUUCUCUUACCUGUCCAUCUCCUCAUAUGAAUUCCAUGCUGUCACUGUCACUUGUCCACUCAAGCUUAACAUUAUUGUCAUCUAUCGCCCACCAGGUGCCCUUAGAGAGCUCCUCAAUGAGCUUGACACUUUGAUAAGCUAAUUUCCUGACGAUGGCUCACCGCUCUUCGUACUUGGUGACUUCAACCUCCCGACAUCUGCCUUCGAUUCAUUUCUUUCCAACUCUCUCUUUCCCCUCCUUGCCUCUUUUGACCUCACCCUUUCCCAAUCCCCUCCAACUCACAAGACAGGCAAUACACUUGAUCUCAUCUUUACUAGAGGCUGCUCGCCCACUAAUCUCACUGCAACCCCCCUCCAGGUCUCUGGUCACUACUUUGUUUCCUUUUCUUCCUUUCCUCCAACCCUAACCCUACUCAGAUGGUCAUGCGUCUUCGCAAUCUUCGCAAUCUUCGCUCUCUCUCUCCCACUACUCUCUCCUCUUCUAUCCUAUCAUCUCUCCCUUCUGCUAAAUCCUUCUCCCUUCUGUCUCCUGAUUCUGCCUCUUCGACCCUACUCUCCUCCCUUUCCGCAUCCUAUGACUCGCACUGUCCCCUUUCCUCCAGGCUGGCUCGGCCCUCCCCUCCUGCUCCGUAGCUGAGUGACUCAUUGCGAGCUUACAGAACAGGGCUGCAGGCAGCAGAGAGAAAAUGGAGGAAAACUAAACUUCCGGAGGAGCUAUCAUCCUUUCACUCCGUCCUCUCUACCUUCUCCUCCUCUGUUUCCGCUGCUAAAGCCACUUUCUACCACUCUAAAUGUCAAGCUUUUGCCUCUAACCCUAGGAAACUAUUUCCCACCUUCUCCUCCCUCCUUAAUCCUCCACCCCUCCCCUCCCCCCCCCCACCCCCCUCCUCCCUCUCUGCGGACAACUUUGUCAACCGCUUUGAAAAAAAGGUUGACAACAUCCGCUACUCAUUCACAGCCUAUUGAGUCCACUGGUCUCACUCACACAGAACUACCCUACGCCGUGACCUCUUUCUCCCCUCUCUCUCCAGAUGACAUCCUGCGACUAAUGAGGUCUGGCCGCCUGACAACCUGCCAGCUCGACCCCAUUCCCUCCUCCCUUCUCCAGACCAUCUCUGGAGACCUUCUCCCAUUCCUCACUUCCCUAAUCAACUCAUCCCUAACCACUGGCUGCGUCCACUCUGACUUCAAAAAUGCUUGAGUUGCUCCCCUCCUCAAGAAACCAACACUCGACUCAUCUGAUGUCAAAAACUAUAGGCCUGUAUCCCUUGUUUCUUUUCUUUCUGUUUCUUUUCUUUCUCGUUAUCUCUCUCAGAAUGAUCUUCUUGACCCUAACCAGUCAGGCUUCAAGACGGGUCACUCAACCGAGACUGCUCUUCUCUGUGUCACGGAGGCUCUCUGCACUGCCAAAGCUGACUCUCUCUCCUCUGUUCUCAUCCUCCUAGAUCUAUCCGCUGCCUUUGACACCAUGAACCAUCACAUCCUCCUCUCCACCCUCUCAGGGCUGUGCGUCUCAGGCUAUGCACACUCUUGGAUUGCAUCCUACCUGGCAGGCCGCUCCUACCAGGUGACGUGGAGAGGAUCUGUGUUUGCACUACGUACUCUCAUUAGUGGUGUCCCCCAGGGUUCGGUCCUAGGCCCUCUCCUCUUCUCUCUAUACACCAAGUCACUCGGCUCCGUCAUAUCCUCACAUGGUCUCUCCUAUCAUUGCUAUGUGGAUGACACUCAACUACUUUUCUCCUUCCCCCCUUCUGACACCCAGGUGGCAACACGCAUCUCUGCGUGACUGGCAGAUAUCUCAACUUGGAUGUUGGCCCACCACCUCAAGCUCAACCUCGACAAGACGGAACUGCUCUUCCUCCCGGGUAAGGCCUGCCCACUCAAAGACCUCUCCAUCACGGUUUACAACUCCACAGUGUCACCCUCCCAGAGUGCAAAGAACCUUGGCGUGACCCUGGAGAACACCCUGUCGUUCUCUGCAAACAUCAACGCAGUGACCCGCACCUGCAGGUUCAUGCUCUACAACAUCCGUAGAGUACGACCCUACCUCACACAGGAAGCGGUGCAGGUCCUAAUCCAGGCACUUGUCCUCUCCCAUCUGGACUACUGCAACUCGCUGUUGGCCGGGCUCCCCGCUUGUGCCAUCAAACCCCUGCAACUUAUCCAGAACGCAGCAGCCUUCCUAGUUUUCAACCUUCCCAAGUUCUCUCAUGUCACCCCGCUCCUCCGCACACUCCACUGGCUUCCAGUUGAAGCUUGCAUCCACUACAAGACCAUGGUGCUUACAUACAGAACAGCAAGAGGAACUGCCCCUCCCUACCUUCAGGCUAUGCUCAAACCCUACACCCCAUCCCGAGCACUCCGUUCUGCCACCUCAGGUCUCCUGGCCCUCCCACCCCUAAUAUAUAUAUAUAUAUAUAUACAUAAUAUAAAAAAAGAACACUUAACCAUUAAUUGCACUUGACCCCCCCCUUCUAGCUCUGACUCUACUGACUGCUACGUUAUUGAGGUAAAAUGUACUUUCUAUGCCUGUGAUAUGUGGUUGUCCCACCUAGCUAUCUUAAGAUGAAUGCACUAACUGUAAGUCGCUCUGGAUAAGAGAGUCUGCUAAAUGACUAAAAUGUAAAUGUUCAUUCGAAUGCACCACGGGCACUGUACUAUCAAUCUGCCUUUUCUUUGUUGUGACAUGUUCCACUUCUUUCCACCAGAUGUCUCCGAUUCCAUUCAGAUCCAUAGAAAAGGUGAAUCAACCAUACACUCUUAGAGAAAAAGGUGCUAUCUAGAACCUAAAAGGGUUCUUCGGCUGUCCCCAUAGGAGAACCCUUUCAAGAACCCUUUUUGGUUCCAGGUAGAACCUUUUUGGUUCCAGAUAGAACCCUUUUGAGUUCCAUGUCAAACCUUUUACACAGAGGGUUCUACAUGGAACCCAAAAUAGUUUUACCUGGAACCAAAAACGGGUUCUACCUGGAACCAAAAAGGGUUAUCCUUUGGGGACAGCCGGAAUCCUUUUGGAACCCUUUUUUCUUCAGUUUUAUCAUUCAGUUUUACCUCUGUUUGUUGCACAACAUAUAAUGGAAUAUAAUUAUUGGAAGGGAUGCAUGCUGUAUUUGAAUACAGAGAUAGUGGAUAUGAGGUUAAAAAGUGAUGAAGUGGUCCUUUAAACUGUGUUAAUCUGUGUUUUCUCAAUGCUCUUCCUUAGAUAUGGAGGUGGUUAAAGGUGAGUUAUCUCUCUUACUUCCCUGCCAUGAAAAACAGAUUCAUUGUAACAACAUUCAUGUUGUUGUAUCUUAAAAGCUGUUGUUUCUUCCAUAGAGAUUAUGAUGACAGCCCCCAGAGGGUAUGUUUUAACUGUCUGUGUCUGUCUGGUGUCUAAUGAUGUCCAUCUGAUUAAAUCUUUCAGAUUAUGAUGCAACCUACGACUAUGACCUCGACUAUGACUCUUGUAAGUCAUAGCUGACAAAUACAGUAUGAGUCAAAACAUUUGGGCACACCUACUCAUUCAAGGGUUUUUCUUUAUUUUUACUAUUUUCUACAUUGUAGAAUAAUAAUUGUCUACAUUGUAGAAUAAUAGUGAAGACAUCAAAACUAUUAAAUAAUACAUAUGGAAUCAUGUAGUAACCAGAAAAGUGUUAAACAAAUCAAAAUAUAUUUUAUAUUUGAGAUUCUUCAAAGUAGCCACCCUUUGCCUUGAUGACAGCUUUGCACACUCUUGGCAUUCUCUCAACCAGGUUUCAUGAGGAAUGCUUUUCCAACAGUCUUGAAGGAGUUCCCACAUAUGCUGAGCACUUGUUGGCUGCUUUUCCUUCACUCUGCAAUCCAACUCAUCUCAAACCAUCUCAAUUGGGUUGAGGUCGGGUGAUUGUGGAGGCCAGCACUCCAUCAAUCUCCUUCUUGGUCAAAUAGCCCUUACACAGCCUGUAGGUGUUUUGGGUCAUUGUCCUUCUGAAAAACAAAUGAUAGUCCCACUAAGCGCAAACCAGAUGGGAUGGCGUAUCGCUGCAGAAUGCUAUGGUAGCCAUGCUGGUUAAGUGUGCCUUGAAUUUUAAAUAAAUCACAGAUAGUGUCACCAGCAAAGCACCCCCACACCAUCACACCUCCUCCUCCAUGCUCCACGGUUGGAACCACACAUGCAGAGAUCAUACGUUCACCUACUCUGCGUCUCACAAAGACACAGCGAUUGGAACCAAAAAUCUCAAAUUUGGACUCAUCAGACCAAAGGACAUAUUUCCACCGGUCUAAUAUCCAUUGCUCAUGUUUCUUGGCCCAAGGAAGUAUCUUCAUCUUAUUGGUGUCCUUUAGUAGUGGUUUCUUUGCAGCAAUUCGACCAUGAAGGCCUGAUUCACACAGUCUCCUCUGAACAGUUGAUGUUGAGAUGUGUCUCUUACUUGAACUCUGUGAAGCAUUUAUUUGGGCUGCAAUUUCUGAGGCUGGUAACUCUAAUGAACUUAUCCUCUGCAGCAGAGGUAACUCUGGGUCUUCCUUUCCUGUGGCGGUCCUCAUGAGAGCCAGUUUCAUCAUAGCGCUUGAUGGAUUUUGCGACUGCACUUGAAGAAACUUUAAAAGUUCUUGAAAUGUUCCGGAUUGACUGACCUUCAUGUCUUAAAGUAAUGAUGGACUGUCAUUUCUCUUUGCUUAUUUGAGCUGUUCUUGCCAUAAUAUGGACUUCGUCUUUUACCAAAUAGGGCUAUCUUCUGUAUACCAACCCUACCUUGUCACAACACAACUGAUUGGCUCAAACGCAUUAAGAAGGAAAGAAAUUCCAUAAAUUAACUUUUAACAAGGCCCACCUGUUAAUUGAAAUGCAUUCCAGGUGACUACCUCAUGAAGCUGGUUGAGAGAAUGCCAAGAGUGUGCAAAGCUGUCAUCAAGGCAAAGGGUGGCUACUUUGAAGAAUCUCAAAUAUUAAAUAUAUUUUGAUUUGUUUAAUACUUUUUGGGUUACUACAUGAUUCCGUAUGUGUUAUUUCGUAGUUUUGAUGUCUUCACUAUUAUUCUACAAUGUAGAAAAUAGUAAAAAUAAAGAAAAACCCUAGGUGUCUCCAAACUAUUGACUGGUACUGUAUAUAUAACUGUUUAGUUGUGUUGGCCAUGUGGAUACUUUGUAUGUUUCUAAGUUGAUACAGAUGUUUAACAUGUUUUCAGGGGAUGAAUCAGCAUCAAAUCCUCGUAAGUAUCUAAUUGUAUUUCUAUGUAGUCUAGCAUAAGAUGAAUGUACUUCAGAGAUGCCAGUAGCCAGGCUCUGACCUGUCAUUGGUUUCAGUGCUUCAGACAGAUGAGAUCGACAUAGUCUCAGUUGUACCUAUUGUCCUUCCAGGGCCGGGCCCCCCCUCCAGAAUGAGCUCUGUCAGAGUCUUCUCCUCUUCUGGUAAGGGGUCUACAACAUGAUAUAACAUGACAUAACAUGACACAACAUGAUAUAACAUGACAUAACAUGACAUGACACAACAUGAUAUAACAUUACAUAACAUGACAUGACACAACAUGAUAUAACAUUACUUAACAUGACAUGACAUAACAUAUGACUGUGAAAGUUAAGGUUUCUCACCUCUGUUUUCUUCACGUCCAACAUGUUUUAUUCUGAAGUUGAUGGAGACCCUCACUUUGUGGUCCAGCUCCCUAAGCUGAAACAGAAUCUGUGUUUCACGGUGGACGGCAGGGCCAACGAUGUACUGAGACUGAUGGAAGACCCAGAGAGAGGUUAGUCAGCACAGACUACCAAGACAAGGGCAGAACUGUCAUCUUAUAUUACUGCCAUGUAAUUCCAUUUUAGCAAUAUGCCGUAUAAUUUGAGAAGCACUCUAGCAUUGUAUAGGAACAGAUUAGAAUGGGAACUCAUUAAUACGAACACAUUCAUCCUGUAAAUGCUGCCAUGCCAUGCACGCAUGCAUACACACAGUUAACAGAAGAGAGCGGCACAUCUUGCGCUUCAUUGUAAUCAGAGGGCUGAUAUAAAUACUAUGCAAGCCAGUCUCUCUUGGUUAAGAGUUGAGGAGAGACUGACUGCAUCACUUCUUCUUUUUAUAAGAAACAUUAAUGAGUUGAAAAUCCCAAAUUGUUUGCAUAGUCAAUUUACAGCUCUGACACACACACCCCACCAGACAUGCCACCAGGGGUCUUUUCACAGUCCCCAAAUCCAGAACAAAUUCAAGAACGCGUACAGUAUUAUAUAGAGCCAUUAUUGCAUGGAACUCUGUUCCAUCUCAUAUUGCUCAAAUGAACAGCAAACCUGGUUAAAAAAACAGAUAAAGCAACACCUCACGGCACAAAGCCUCUCCCCUAUUUGACCUAGAUAGGUUGUGUGUAUGUAUUGAUAUGUAGGCUACGUGUGCCUUUAAAAAAAUGUAUGUAGUUCUGUCCUUGAGCUGUUCUUGUCUAUUAAUGUUCUGUAUUAUGUCAUGUUUCAUGUUUUGUGUGGACCCCAGGAAGAGUAGAUGCUGCUUUUGCAACAGCUAACGGGGAUCCUAAUAAAAUACCAAUACCAACCCUUGUCUUCCUCUCGUCUAAGGUAUCAUGGUGGAUGGUCAUUUGAUGGGGGCUCCGUCCAAACAAGACGUUGAAGACCGCUCCCGUACUUACUUUGACCAGAUAACCAUCUCCGCUGCCAGGGGCGGGACAGGUGGGCUGGGCGCCAUAGUGAUCACCCUCUCAUUGGAUGCCGUGGUGGUAGAGGGGGAGGGGCGGGACACCCUACCCACCAAUCAGCAGGGAUAUGUGACAAGGCAGGGCGUGAUGGUUUCCAUGGAAAUCAGAAAUGACUUCCAUCAGAGCUGUUGGAUCGAGCUGACGAAGGACAUUCGUUUCCUGGUUCUCUUCCACCACUACAAACACCCCAGCUACCUGCAGAUGGCACACCUCGGAUUCUACAUCACUGAUGGACAGGGCCUCUCUCCUUCAACCCAAGGACUACUGGGUACAUUCCCUUUUCACUCUUCAAUUACUUUAAACCGGUUUCUUUGUCUUUUUACACCUGACCCUAAAGCCCCUGCUGUAUAAAGGGCUUUAGAAAAAUAUAUAAAUAUGUAUUGAUUUAGUGAUUGAUUGAUUGCCCUCCUUGUUCUCGUCCCAACAGGCCAGUUUCAGCAUGCUGACAUGAGUGUCACACCGAUAAAGGACCCUCAUGACACACUGCCCCAUCCCAGUAAAGAGAGGGUGCUGUCCAGGGGGGUGCUGAGGUGGGGGGCGAUACACAUGCCCGUCACCCUACAGGACAAAACCCUGAAGGACACCGUGAGGAAAGGUCAUCUGGGCAGGUGUUGGGUCGUGCCCAAGGCGCAG